AUGACGAAGAGCGCCGUCCGGCUGCUUUGCAGUGAGCUUGCCCACUUGCUGGAGCCGCCGACCGCGGGGGGCCUGAGCGUUGAGGACCAAGUCCUCUGUACCCUCAGGUUCCUUGCAACUGGCAGCUUCCAGUCGUCAGUCGGCAGUGAGGCGGCCAUCGACAUGUCCCAGCCGUCUGUAAGCCGCUGCAUUGCAAAAGUCGCGCGGGCCAUUAUUCAGGUUGGGAAGGAGCAAGGAUGGGUGGCCUUCCCACGCACCGCCAGCGAGCGAGCUGCAAUUAAGCAAGGGUUCUUGCAGCGCGGCAGGCUCGGCGGCGUGAUUGGGUGCGUGGAUGGCACGUUCAUCGCCAUCGUCGCCCCGAACCUGCCUCCUGCGCAGAAGGCAACGUAUUGGUGCCGGAAGGGCUAUUACGCCCUGAAUGCAAUGGUGGUGUGUGACUCGGACUUGAGGGUCCUUCAAGUUGACCCGCGAUUCCCUGGGUCGUGCCACGACGCGCACGUGUGGCGGUACGCGUCGCUUCGCCGGCGCAUUGCCAGCGGCCGCAUUGCCGUCCAAGACGGCGAGUACCUUCUCGGCGACAGUGCGUACCCCCUAGAGCCGUGGCUCCUGACACCUGCGCCCGGCCACCCUGCCCCGCACACGCCGGAAGGGCGCUACAACGCCGCGCACACUUCCGCAAGGUCAGCGGUGGAGCGCUGCAUCGGCGUCAUGAAGAGCCGAUUCCGAUGUCUGCAGCGGCACCGCGCCUUGCAUUACGGCCCCAAAAAGGCAGCUACGAUUGUGGCAGCGUGUGCGGCACUGCACAAUCUGUGCAUUGACGAAGAUGUGCCGCAUACGGGCCGCGUGUACUCAGGAGACGACGACGACGGCGACCGUCCGCAUGGCUCAAGAAGCGCAGGAACACAGGACACCUGCCGCCGCCCCCUUCUGCCCGAGCAGUGUGCGUCGCUUUGUGCCAGACGCUCACACGUGCUGACACUUGCUUCUCCUGUGCUGGGUGUGCUUGUGGUUUCGUUGCUGCCUCCCCUUGCCGCUCCCAUGUGCAAGGCACCUGUCGCCGCCUUCUACUGCCCGAGCAGUGAAUUGCAGCAUGUCACCACGAGCAGCCUCGGGUAUCGCGACUCUGUGACCCCAGUAAAUGAGACCUUUGUAAACGGUUAA